AUGGUGAACGAUAUUCCUGCACCUACUGAAACGUUUUCAUCUUCCACCGAAGAAAAGGGCAAAAACGUAAAACAACAACCGAUUACACUUAUUUUGCCCACCAGCGGUAAGUUGUUUUUCGAGAAAAAACAAGAGUUUCAGCUUUGCAAACCACAACUACUUCCACUGAAGUCGUUCAGUUUGGAGAAGCUGGAAAGAAUGCACAAAGAGGCCCAGCGACAGCUGCAAGAAACUCGAAUCCGCACUGCAGCAAAUAAGAGCAGCAAUAACUUUUGA